ACAAAGAACACAAUAAAUUAAGAACUAAAUCCUAUUGUUUGUUAUCUAGUGAUACUCUGGUGAAAGCUCAAUCAAUUUGGGAAUGAUACCUGUGUCUAGUUGUGUGUUUACAAUGUCAAUGUGUAUUUGGACCAUAGAUGGCACCUAUGUUUAAUACUAAAACUACUAUCCACAAUGACUAAAUCAAGUAAGCAGACAUGAAGUCAUCACUAAAAUAUUUAAUGUAAAUAUAACCUCCAACAAACCUAUUGUAGAAAAAUGAAUUGCAUAUCCUGAGCCUGGCCGAGCGUUUCCCAUGGAAUUUAAAGCUGCAUUGUUAUCAACUUCCCUUUUUAGGUAACAAUGUUCACUCUAUGAACAAGACCAUAAAGUCAUAAGAAUUGCCUGAUUGUUAAUGAUGGCAUAAAGUUAUGAGCUGGUGACAGCAGGAAACCGCACUGUUUUCCUUGAUACAGUAUAAAAUUCAACUACUACUUCCUUAUAAUCCACGCCUCCCUUUUUUUCUCCCACAUCUGGGCCCUCCCUUUCCUCAACAGCCCUCCCUAUGUCCUUGUGGUUUUGCCCCACCUUUUGUCAAGUAUCAACAGGCAACAAGACUUUAGAAGAACACACCUCUACACAGCGCGCUCAUGCACAUGCUUACAGUAGCAGUUAAGAUCAGGAACUCAGAUGAGAACUGCAGCGCUACUGGGAUCUACUGUGGGACAGAUUACUCUACAUAGCUGUUCUAGACUUCAGAGGAUUUGAUGAGCUACCAUGGGAAUGAGACUGACAGACUUGUGCUGCAGCCGUCAGUGGAAAUAGGAGUUUGGGAUGACUCUGAAUACGGACUGCUCUACCAGUUGUGACAUUUGUAAGGAGUGGCUGCUGUGGUUGUUUCUCAAUAUUUGGAGGAUCAAAGAUAGGGAACCAAUUGGUGGGAAGCUGGUGUGGGGACUCCAUCCCCCAUGGUAUCAUCUAGGCUGUUCAGUAUAUUCCUCCUUAACCAUUCUUUACCUUAUAUACAGCCCUUUUAUAAUUCCUGCAGUGCAUGUCUUAUUUCUUUCUCACUUUCCCACAACUUUCCCUAUAUACCUUUGUAUCCUCACAAGCUGUGCUCACUGUUUUUAUCCUAUUUUCUUUUUUUCUUUUUUUGUUUACUAGCAACAAUGGAUCUGACUUUGUGGCAGUACCAGUUUAGGAUCAUCAUGCUGGGGGAUUCCACAGUGGGCAAGUCUUCCUUGCUGAAACGCUACACUGAAGACUUGUUCAUGGAGUCCAUCAACCAGACGGUGGGCGUCGACUUCUAUGUUCACUUCCUGGAGGUGGAGCCGGGGGUCCGUGUCAAGUUGCAGUUCUGGGACACAGCUGGACAGGAGAGGUUCAGGUCGGUCACCCGUUCUUAUUACCGCAACUCUGUCGGAGGCCUCCUGGUGUUUGACAUAACCAACCGAGCCUCCUUUGAUCAUAUUAAGGAGUGGCAUGGUGAAGUGUGCGAGCGAGUGCAGCCGCAUAAGGUUCUGUUUGUCCUGGUGGGCCAAAAGAAUGACCGAGAUGCUCAGGGGGAGAGGGUCGUGAGUCGGGAAGAGGCUGAGAAACUGGCCGGACAGCUAGGGAUGCCCUAUGUGGAGGUCUCUGCCAAGACAGGCCAGAAUGUGAGGGACGCCUUUGAGCUGCUCACUCGACGGGUCUACCAGGGUCUGCUGAGUGGAGAGGUAGAGCUGCAAGAGGGCUGGGAUGGAGUCAAGUGCGCUGCACCACAGGCGCUGCAGUUACAGAGAGCCAGCCUGGCACAGCCCAGCACAGCCUCUAAGAACAAUAAGAAGUGCUGUGGUUGAACUGUGGACUGGUGGUGGUCACCCGUAUGCACUCAUGUUACUGUGGAACCAAAACCAGCCCCCAGGAGGCCGGAUUUGUGGUGGUAUUUUACUGUAAUAUCGUGGUCAUCAUGAAAGACACUGAUUUGCACCUUUUUUUGUGAAGGUAGUUUAACAGUUAGUCAGAAACUAAUUUGAGGAAACAUUGUAUGACUUUACUUUGACAUUCCUGAAAUGGGGGAAGAUUUAACUUUAGAAAUAAUGAUUUUGUGUAAUGGUUAUCUUUGGCCAUGAUGGUGGCGUGGAAAUGUUCGUUGGUCUGUUGAUCCACCACUUUGGUCUUAUUGGAGGAUGACACAGAUAUCCAUGUCUCAAGUGGGUUGUUUCCGACUGACUUUUCAGCAGCUUUACCGCCAGGUUGACAUUUGGUUUUGGUUGAAAUACAACUAUCAGAUUGCUGUGAAAUUUGCUGCAGACGUUCAAGGUCUCUUAACUUUUCCUCUAGCACCAUCAUCAGGUCAAAAUUCCCAUUUGCCCAACACUUUGGUUUGUGACCAAAUAGAUGCAAAAAUAAUUACAUUCUUCCUUUCAUUCAUUCUCUCCAUGACUGGCAACAGUUAAGGUAUUGGUUCCCCUGGCUGAGAUUAGAAACAUCACAUCUUUUGGGCCCAUGUAGUCUGGAAAAAGCUUUGUUGCAUCACCAAUAAUUGCAUAGUAUUCUGCGAGUGAGUGAUUGUUUUCAGGUACUGUUGUAAAAUGAAUUAAAUAAAAACUCUAGGGUGCCUUUGGAUAUUGUUCUUUUAAAAUGUUGUGACAGGUUUCUAUAGCAAUUAUUAUUCAUCUGGCUGAUGAACAGCCUCCUGUGUUUCUGCAUACAAAAUGCAGACAAUUCAUUUUGCUGCACCCACAUUAAAGAUUCACUGACACGUUAACACUUGUCUGUACACU